AUGCGAACUACAAUCAUCACAAACCCAUCUACAGGAUCAGACCCUUUAGGUUCCGGAAACAUUAGCUCACCAUCAUCUAACAGUUUUGCAGUUUUACUUGAAGACGACGAAGCAGCCCAAGAAAGCAAUGGCGAAGAGCAAGAAGAGCAAGCUGAUAUUGAAGAAAGUUUAACUGAAGCCUCUUUGCUGGAAUCAAUUAAUCAAGGUAAUGCUAAUGCUACGGAAAGUGUUUUCCAAGCCAUUGUGAAAGCGCAGAUCUUAAGGAAAAAGGAAAGACGCCGUGCUUUUAAACAAGUAGCUGCAGGGCAAUCUGACCGGUUUAAUGCUGAGGAAGCUGAAGAUCGGCGAGCACUAAGACCGUUUGAGUCCUCCGAUGAAUUGGAUUCUGAAGACAGUGAUGAAGAUGAUUAUGACGACUUUUCUGAUGACGACUAUGAUGACUACUUUGAUGACGAUGAGAGCUACACAUACCACAAGGCCCGGACAAGCAGGCCACUGCCGGACUUGCGGUUUGAGCAGUCGUACCGCAAGGCCAUUGCAGGGGCAAACGGGGUAUGGUGGAAGAUUGCAUACAUUACUGUACGGGAUCAAGUUCUCUUCACCCUUUUCCAGGGCUUUUUAUGGCAGCUGACACUGGUGGGAAUUCGCUCAUGGCGCAUGACCAUGGCUAAUAAUGGUGGUCAGUGGGGGCAAACAUUUGUAGGACGAUUGAGUCGCUGGUGGUCGCGAGUCAAUAAUAACAAGAUAUAA